GCAAUCAGUCAGUUCAGCAUCAGUUCAGUCAUCUGUGCUGCCGAUGACAGAAAUGUUGAAGGAGACUGGGGUGUGAGAGGAAUCUGUUUAUCAGAUAAACACUAAACGAGUGCCUCGUUUUGACGGCCGUUUACAACUUCAUUUGCUUCUUGAUUUGUCGGAAGACUCAGCCCGUGGCCAGAAAUAAGCAGAAAUACCGGCUUGUCUAAGCGUCUGAAGCUACAAGGCAUUCACGAUGACGUUAUCUGGUCGGGCCACACUAUAAUGGAACCAGGGUGCUCGCGUGAAAGUCCAUCUGGAUCUGGAGGUCCGGAACCAGCCGACCUACGAGAGGAGACCCCCGGGGAGGAGGCUGAGGAUUGUGAUAGCAGCAUCCUGAAGGCAAGAGGAGGAGAGGGAGAUGGAGGCAAUGAGACCAACACCGUGGACAAGAUGAAAACAGUACGCGAGGAUGGCGUGUGUACUGAGAAAAAGACUGAGGACGAGGAGGAAGAAGGGAAAUUUGAAGAAGAAUUGGACCCUAGAAUUCAGGAGGAGCUGGAACACCUGAACCAGGCCAGUGAUGAGAUCAACAAGCUGGAGCUGCAGCUGGAUGACGCCAGGUCCAACUACAGGAGGAUUCUAACUGAAUCAGCCAGGAAGCUGAACGGCCAGGGGUCCCAGCUGGGCACCUGCAUCGAGAAGGCCCGACCAUACUAUGAGGCCCGUAGGCUCGCGAAAGAGGCCCAGCAGGAGACCCAGAAGGCAGCGUUGAGGUACGAGCGGGCCGUAUCCAUGCACACAGCCGCCAGGGAGAUGGUGUACGUGGCCGAACAGGGUCUGCUGGCUGACCGGAACACUCUGGACCCCACCUGGCAGGAGAUGCUCAACCACGCCACCUCCAAAGUAAACGAGGCAGAGGAGGAGCGUCUCCGGAGCGAGAGGGAGCACCAGCGUGUUACCCAGCUGUGCCAGGAUGCUGAGCAGCGUGUCCAGACCCUCCAGAAGUCACUCAGGAAGGUCAUUGUCAAGUCCAAACCGUACUUUGAGCUCAAGGCUCAAUUCAACCACAUACUGGAGGAGCACAAGGCUAAGGUGGUUCAGCUGGAAGAGAGAGUUUCCAAGGUGAAGACGCGCUACUCCGUCGCCCUGCGCAACCUGGAGCAAAUCAGCGAGCAGAUCCACGCCCAGAGGGGGAGUGGCCGUGCCACCAGGGCCCGCCCUGUGGCCUGUGGUGGGAGGAGCUCCCCGGUGGGGGCGGAGGCUGAGGUCAAAGCGUCCGUCAGGAUUCAGGUUGAGGCGGUGUGUGCUGGAGGCGGGGCACUGGAGGGCAGCGAAUGGGUGGACGGGGAGAAGACACGCCUGUGGGUGGAGAGGCACAGGGAGCAGGGCUGGGGACACAGGGAGAGGGGCGAGGCUGGCUCCGACUCCAUGUCUGUCAUAAGUCUCCAGACCAUCGCCUCGGACCUGGAGAAGUGCGACUCCGUGGAGCACCUGGGGGACCUGAGCGACGUCAGCAGCCUGGUCGGGGAGGACUGGGAGAAAGAGCGGGCCUUGACAGCUGAGAGCAGGGAGGAGAACAGGGCCACAGGGGUCAGGGAGGUGGUCGUCCCCACCCCGAGGCAGGACAGACUCGAGGAGGUGCGGGGGGCGAUGGGCAGGGAGAGACAGGAGAGCUUCGUCAAGCAGCACCACAGAAGUGUGAGCCUGUGAGACCAGGGGAGCAGUGACUGGCUGAUUGAUGAUGGCUGAUGGACGGCUCAGAUAAAGGAUCCCAAUCAGAGGCCAACGUGCAGAAGAACAAAGACUGAGAUUGUAGGAGUGAUUUUAGACAAGAGGCAUUACAAUGUUCCGUGGAACACCGGUUCUGAUUGAACCUUUAGGCCGAUCCCAAAUGGCACCCUGCUCUCUUUACAGCGCCCUGCUUUUAUCCAGGGCCCGCGUCAAAACUAGGGCGCUAAGUGGGGAGUAUGUUGCUGUUGGGGACUCAGACAGCGUCAUUGUGACAGUGCAGAAUGGGGUAUCUGGAGGAGGGUGGCUGGGACGCCGUUCACACAUUAAUGAAUCACAACGGGAGGCUGAGACAGAGAGGAAGUGUACACUGAUUCGCCGGGUCCCCCUGGGACUUGUAGUUCUCACACUGUGAUCUAUCAAUUGCUCCACACGCGCAACAAAUUGUCAGCGACGGAGACCACAAUGCAUGACAAACACACUGAGGCAAAGCCAGUCGAAGCAUGUUACUGUACUUUACAUAUAGACAGAGACAGAGACAGAACGACAAAUAGUGCUUACUCUACUGAUCGUUUCACAUGAUAGCUAUUUUAAGAUUGUUGGAGGUUUUGGUUUAGUCAGAAAACAAAACAUUUUGUUGCCUGACUCAGUCCAUGAAUGCUUGCCUUUCCCUCAAUAUUGAUUGAAUAACCACAGACUUAGUUUUUUGGCUUGCCCUUGGAAUGAACAAAAAGCAUUAAUGGAACAAUACUACCAUCUCUCGCUCUCCCUAGAAACAUAAAAGGAAUAUAAUUAUUGUAUUCUGAACACCUGAAGAUAAUUAAAUACAAAACAUGUUUUUUUGUUUUUAUACCUCUUUUUUUAAUACUUUUCUUUUUUUUUACUAAUUCUUUCCACUGCAGAGAUCCUAUUAAAUUAUUCUAUAUGAAAGUAAUUGUAAGUUGGUUUUUUUUUACCCCCCAAACGAAUGUUCUGGAAAUGUUCCCAGCACGUAGAACAACAGCAACUCCUAGACUAGUGAAGUGUUUCACAGAUGACACCAUUCUUCUUUGUAGUGUACUCGUUAUGGCCGGUACUCUAUGUUCUCCUGGUCAAAAAGAGGGCACUAAAUGAGGAAUACUGUUCCUUUUUGGCGGCAGCCUGUCUCUGUCAUUACUGCACAUUAACUUAAAACUUCCACACAGCUUCAUGCUUUGACCUUUCACGACUCCUGCUUUCUGUUCGUGAGGAAAUUAUGUGUCUACUGGCCUGUACACCGUCAGUCCCAAAUGGCACGCUUUUCCUUUCCUGGACCAUGGCCAGCAUGGCUCAAAAGUGUGCUGCAUAGGUGAAAGGGCCAUUUGGAACACUUCGUUUUUGCGCUGCGUGGCGGGAAAUGGAUCCAACUGCUACAGAGGGAUACAUGUGAAUUUUAAUGUACUCAUAUUUAUUUACAUCAAGUGCCUUGGGCCCUCCAAAUUGUAACAUUCUGUAGGGGUUCAACGCACAAAUGCACAGUAAUAUUUUUAGUAGUAAAGGAACCACGAUUCUAAUUUCUCAAAAGUGUCUUCAUUGAAUACUGACAUUAUUUAUUAAAUUGUUUAGAUUUAAAUUUCCUGUGUUUUCCCUAAGUUGAUCUUGUUGAAACGUUAACUUUAAUUUCAAAUGCUCUUAACGUGACAGUGUUACACGCCCAUCCGGUCCUCUCCACCCUAGACAGAAAUGACACCCUAUUCUCUGUAUAGUACACUAAGCCUCACCCGGGUCCAUAGGACAGUGGUCAAAAGUAGUGCUCAUCGGUAGGGAGUAGACAGCAGGGAUCUGUUUGGGACACCCUCUGGGGUUGAGCCAGAGACCUAUCUCUGCACCACAGCUGAUUUGAGGUCAGCAUUUUCAGUGUGUAGUAUUAAUGGAAUGUCUUCUUAUUUGUCUAUUUAGAUUGGUAGGGUUGUGUAUAGUGUAUAGCAUGCAUGUUAAGUGCUACUGAUCUUCAUACAAAGGGCACUAUUUUCUACUGGAAUAAAGCAGUGGACUAUACAGGAAAUGGGGUAUCAUUUGUUAUGGUGCGGAUAAACAGUGAUGCUGAUAGCUUAUUAAUCAUGUAGAUGGUAAUGUAUGGAAUAUGAUGCUGAUGGCUUAUUAAUCAUGUAGAUGGUAAUGUAUGGAAUAUGAUGCUGACAGCUUAGUAAUCAUGCCGAUGGUAAUGUAUGGAAUAUGAUGCUGACAGCUUAGUGAUCAUGCCGAUGGUAAUGUAUGGAAUAUGAUGCUGACAGCUUAGUGAUCAUACCGAUGGUAAUGUAUGGAAUAUGAUGCUGACAGCUUAGUAAGCAUGCCGAUGGUAAUGUAUGGAAUAUGAUGCUGACAGCUUAGUAAUCAUGCCAAUGGUAAUGCAUGGAAUAUGAUGCUGUAACAAUUAUUAAAAGUGUAUUUAAUAAUUUUACAUUUGCGGAGUUCAGCUGUGUUGGUGCUGCUAGACGGCAAUGCAGUAAUUGUUUUUUUAACUCUGCAUUUCUUUUCUUUUUUUUUGCUGAUAGACUCCGUAGAAUUAACCAGUCGUCCCUGGCGGUUACUGUGCCAUUGCAAGCCCCAUAGGGUCCUCAGGGCAAAGGGAUGUGCCUGGGCAGGCUGUGGUCCGAAAGCAAUGGAAUAAAGUCUGAUAUCUGGCUUCAA